AUGCUGAAAUCCUUGAGGAAAAUCUUAUCCCUUCGAUCGAACUACUGUAUCAAAAAAAGGAGUAAUCAUGGUGAAAACUCGGUAGCUUUGUCUGUAGAGUUGCGGAAUUGCAAUGACUGCGUAGAGGAAAACAAACAAUGCAAUUGCGACCACAUCGUUGCUGUCGAGGAUAGAAAGAACAGUACUACUGCAGAAGACGCGCGUGUCGACUCUGAUAGUUCUUUUGUUCAUGCUGUUAUCAACAUGGUGGGAAUGCUCAUAGGUUUGGGGCAAUUAUCGACUCCUUACGCUGUUGAAAAAGGAGGGUGGGGAUCUGCAAUAUUGCUUAUAGGACUUGGGGUAAUAUGUGCGUAUACAUCUCACAUACUAGGAAAAUGUCUUGAAAAGAAUCCAAAUUUAACAAGUUAUGUGGAUAUUGGGAAUCUAGCAUUUGGAACAAAAGGAAGAUACCUAGUUGCAACAAUCAUCUACAUGGACAUCUUCAUGGCACUUGUAUCCUACACCAUCUCAUUGCAUGAUAACUUGAUCACUGUUUUUAUAGGGACUCAUCUGAAGUUGAAAUUCGCUAUGUUAACAUCAUCGCAAAUCCUAACCUUGCUGGCAAUCUUGAUUGCUUUGCCUAGUUUGUGGAUCAGAGAUAUGUCUUCUAUAUCUUUCCUUUCAACCGGUGGAAUUGUUAUGUCUCUUCUCGUUUUCGUGUGUGUAGUAGCCACUGCAAUUUUUGGAGGAGGUGAAGCUGGUGAUAAUCAUAGUAUACCUGUCUUCAAGCUACAUAAUAUUCCAUCAAUAUCUGGUCUUUAUGUCUUUGGUUAUGGAGGACAUAUUGUGUUUCCCGACUUGUAUAAAUCCAUGAAAGACCCCUCCAAGUUCACCAAGGUUUCAGUUGUGAGCUUCACAAUAGUUACAGCAUUUUACACCGCAAUGGGAUUCAUGGGUGCAAAAAUGUAUGGAAACGAUGUUCAAUCUCAGAUAACUCUCAGCAUGCCAUCAAAUCAAAUCAUAACAAAGAUUGCUCUAUGGGCAACCGUGUUGAUACCAUUGACUAAAUAUGCACUUGAAUUUGAACCCUUUGCAAUUCAUCUUGAACAUACACUUCCAAAUUCUUUGCGUAGCAGGACGAAAUUGGUAAUAAGGGGUUGUGUAGCUUCAUUUUUGCUAUUGACCAUACUAGUCUUUGCUCUAUCAGUGCCAUAUUUUGAACAUGUGCUUAGCCUCACUGGUUCACUACUUAGUGUGGCCAUUUGUUUGGUUUUUCCAUGUGUUUUCUAUUUGAAGAUUUUUUGGGGUAAAGUUACAAGGUUUCUCUUGGUCCUUAAUAUUUCUUUAGUCAUAUUUGGGUUUCUUCUUGGUGGGAUGGGUACCAUUUCCUCCACAAAGUUAAUAUUGCAAAAAUUUAUAUCACAUUGA